CCCUCCCCGCUGCCGGGCCCCAGCAGAUAAAGGUGGCCCGGGCCAGCCUCGAGCUCCUAGCUGUGCCUGCGUGCCUCACCUGCUAUGUCCGCCCCCUGUGCGCUGCUCACCUGGGCCCUCCUGGCUCUCUUCAGCCUCGGGCUCGGGGUGCCUGGAGAAGACCUCCCUUGCUCCUGCUGCCCCAUAGUGCCCCGGAGAGAGUGGAAGGCCCCGGCAUCCAAGUGCGUGGAUAAGUUGAAACUGCCCGCACGCUACGUGGUGGUGUCGCACACGGCCGGCAGCCCCUGUGACAGCCCAGCCUUGUGCCUGAACCAGGUCCAGAACGUGCACAACUACCACACGGGGAUGCUGAACUGGUGUGACGUGGGCUACAACUUCCUGAUUGGAGAAGAUGGGCUUGUGUAUGAAGGCCGGGGCUGGGACACCAAGGGUGACCACACAGGCAAGAUCUGGAACCCUAUCUCCAUUGGCAUCUCCUUCAUGGGUAACUAUAUGGAGCGGUCACCUCCACCCCGGGCCCUCAGGGCGGCCCAGAGUCUGCUGGCUUGUGGUGUGGCUCAGGGAAAGCUGAGUCCCAGAUAUGAGGUCAAAGGACACCGGGAUGUGCAGCGGACACUCUCUCCAGGUGACCAACUCUAUGAGAUCAUCCAGACUUGGCCACACUACCACGAGUGAGACCCUGUCUACCUCCUCCACACCCAGAAACCCCACCACCGACCCUCCAAUAAAGGAGUAGCUCAAACUGCG